AUCUUUCUGUCUGACUCUCUGCCUUUCCUCUUUUUCCCCAAUCCUCUCUCUCUCUCUCUCUCUCCAGUUAUAGUUACUAUCUGCUCAUCCCGAUCCGUACUUGUACUUGUGCAAUCUGUAUGGCCGCCACCUGGAUGAGCAGCAGCGGCGGCAGAGGGAUCGCGAGCUUGGCCAAGCAACUACUCUUUCGCAACCACUGGAUCUCCGCCUCUUCCCCGGCCUGCAGCAGGGGGUUGCAUUCGGCCUACGAGAAGAACGUGGAGGGGGCGGAUCACCAUCAUCACGAUGAUCAGGUGAUAUUCCGGCAGCCGCAGCAGCAGCUAAAAGAGGAGGACAAGUUCUGCUACUGGGAGCCUCACCCGCACACCGGAGUGUUCGGUCCGGCCGCCGCCUCCGGAGGAGCCGGGGCCUCGUCGGGCAGGGCUUCUACCAUUGAUGGUGGUGGCGCUGUGCUGGAAGAGAAGGCCUGGUUCCGCCCUACCAGCCUCGAGGACUUGGAGAAGCCUACCCACCUUCCUUAACAAUUGACGAUCAUUCAUCCACAGACCACAAUAGUACUACUAAUAUAUAUGUAUCUUCAUCAUUCAUGAUAAACGCCUAGCUGUUUGGAGGUCGCAUAUAUUUGGCAAUAAUGAGGCCCUAGCUGUGGCUAGCUUCACGGGCUGGCCACCAAUCUUAUCUUAAUUAGUAUGUUAUAACGUGUUCGAAUGAAUCAUUUCAUUACGUAUGUACGUGCUUGGACUGCUGUGCUGUGUAUGUACCUUCAUUUGUGAGCGUUUGCUCAUUUGUCAUCUACUACUUUAGUAUUGUACGGAUGGUGAUAUAGUGUUGAAUCAUAUUUACUCUGUAUUCAUAUUGAACUAUUGAUCA